CUUAACGUUUCAAAAAUUAGGCGUAGAAAAAUGUUUCAUCGUUUCUCCUUAGUGGUGGCAUUCAUUGUGGUUUUUCUUACUGGCUUAUCGUAUUGUUAUGGCCAUGAUAUCGAAGAGUUUCCAACUGAAGAAGCCACGGAUAAAUCUGCAGUUGAUGAUAUGGGGCAUGAAAUGAGACCUCAGUCCAGGGAUGACAGUGAAGUGCAUGAAAUUCACCAAGUUGUUGCUGACGAUGAUGAUGAUGUCGCAGGAGUAAUCGAGAAAUGCACACCCGGCAAAGUCCUAAGCCUGAAUACCAAUAAUUUUAAUCUGAUGACGCAAACUGGUAGAUUUUGUAUCCUGAUCUUUGAAUCCCCUUUGAGCUACGUGUCCGCUCUGGCCAAAAUCAAAUUGGGGAAGCUGGCCAAAGAAAUGAAAUACAGGGACGCUGUGUGCAUCUCGGAUUUGGACUGCACAAAAUCGAAAGAAAUUUGCCACGAACUACAAAUCGAAGCACGUCCAACUUUUCUGUGGUAUCAGAAUGGGCGCAAACUUGGCUCCUACAAUGGCAAACACGAAGUGGAAUCUUUGAGAAAUUUCGUCGAUGAAAUGAUAGCCUCUAAUGGAACAUUCGUCGAAAAGUCAGGAGCCAGAGAAAUAAGUUAUUUAACGAUUAAUAUUGUCAUGAUUGUUAUGAACCUUUUGGCCAUUUAG